AUGUGUGACCGUAAUGGCGGGCGACGGCUGCGGCAGUGGCUCAUUGAACAAAUCGAUAGCAACAUGUAUCCAGGCCUGAUCUGGGAAAAUGAUGAGAAAAGCAUGUUCCGGAUUCCCUGGAAGCACGCGGGCAAACAAGAUUAUAAUCAGGAAGUGGAUGCCUCCAUUUUCAAGGCCUGGGCCGUUUUUAAAGGGAAGUUUAAGGAAGGGGACAAAGCUGAACCAGCUACUUGGAAGACGAGGUUGCGCUGCGCGUUGAACAAGAGCCCAGAUUUUGAGGAAGUGACAGAGCGAUCCCAGCUGGACAUCUCCGAGCCAUACAAAGUUUACCGGAUCGUUCCAGAGGAGGAGCAGAAAUGCAAGCUAGGCAUGGCGACCCCUGGCUGCGUGAACGAGGUCACCGAGAUGGAAUGUGGACGCUCGGAAAUCGACGACCUGAUUAAGGAGCCUUCUGCGGAUGAUUACAUGGGCAUGAUCAAGCGGAGUCCUUCCCCGCCAGAGGCCUGCAGGCCUCAGCUCCUUCCGGACUGGUGGACGCAGCAGGCUGGCCCAGCCUUACCACUGGUGACGGGCUACACUGCUUACGAGUCUCAGCACUCAGCAUUCUCCCAGAUGGCGAUCAGCUUCUACUAUGGUGGCAAACUGGUGGGCCAGGCCCUGACCAGCUGCCCUGAUGGCUGCCGCCUCGUCCUGGGCCAUUCAGGCCUGCCUGGCACCAAGGUGUAUGGGCCUGAGGGCUUGGAGCUGGUCCGCUUCCCACCGGCCGACACCAUCCCCAGCGAGAGGCAGCGUCAGGUGACGCGGAAGCUGUUUGGGCACCUGGAGCGGGGCGUCGUGCUGCACAGUAGCCGACAGGGUGUGCUGGUCAGGCGGCUGUGCCAGGGCCGAGUGUUCUGCAGCGGAAAUGCCAUAGCCUGCAAGGACAGGCCCAACAAACUGGAGCGCGACGAGAUGGUCAAGGUCUUUGACACCAGCCAGUUCUGCCGAGAACUGCAGCAGUUCUACAAUCACGGAGGCCGACUCCCCGACAGCAGGGUGGUGCUCUGCUUUGGAGAAGAGUUUCCCGACAUGGCCCCUUUGCGCUCCAAACUCAUCCUUGUGCAGAUUGAGCAGCUCUACGUCCGGCAGCUGGUGGAAGAAGCUGGGAAGAGCUGUGGGGCCGGCUCUCUGCUGCAGGUGCCCGAGGAGCCCCAGCCGGACCAGGUCUUCCGGAUGUACUCAGAGAUUUGUGCCUCACACCAGAGACCAUUUUUCAGAGAAAACCAACAGAUCACUGUUUAA